CAGGCAGUGAUUGAGUAAGGAUGUCGCGCUCCUUUUUAGACUUAUGGAUGGCUUGGUCUCUCCUGUGCAUGGCCGCAUUUUUGCAUCUUGGAAACGCCAGUGUCCAGACCUGGGUCCAAGCGGGACCCCUGUACCGCAUGGCUGGUUCCAGGCUUUCCAUUUCCUGCAACGUGAGCGGCUUCGCCAGCGCCACUUCCAGGAAGGAAUUUGAAUUCCGUGUCACCAAGCUCGCCAUGCCUUCUUUUCCGCUGAAUAUCAUCAGCACGGCAGACCCGAGCUUCGGUUACGCCCAGUACCGCGCCAGGGGCCCGGACAUUGCCUUGACGUAUUUGUCGCCCAACUCUGUUCUCUUUGAGAUAAAAAGUCUCCAGCAGGAUGAUGAAGGAGAGUACGACUGCUCCGUGAUCAACCCAGAAUAUAUUUAUGAUGGAACCUACAGUGUGAAAACUACUGUCAAAGUAAUUAAUGACUCCCUGAGUGUUUCGUCGGACGCACCGGCCUCGCUGCACCACAACGAAGGUGAAUUGCUGGCUCUAACGUGCCGGGCCUCCAGCAACACCAUCCAGCACACCCACCUGUCUGUGGGCUGGUACCUCCAGAAGGAAAGUGACGCCGAGUCGCGACUCAUUCUGUCCCUGGACCGAGACUUCACAUUAAGACCCGGCCCAGGGUUUCUAGAGCGCUACCAAGCCAACCUGGUGAGACUGGACAAAGUCGGAGAGGCCGUUUACAGGUUGACGAUAGAUGGGUUGGAGCCAUCUGACUCAGGUCGGAUCUACUGCCGGGCUCAGGAGUGGAUAGAGGAUCCCGACCUUACAUGGUUCUCCUUGACGCAGAAGACUGCGAAGGAGACUGUGCUGGAUGUCAAAGGCAAAGAGCUGGCGCCAGACAAGGACUCCGUGGUAGUGAGGCUGUCGGCGCGGGAGAAAUCUCUGCAGGAGGGCCAGGAGUUGCUGCUCACAUGCAGCGUCGACACACAUAACCCGGAGGAAAAGAUUUUCUCCGUAGCUUGGCUCCAGAAAGGUGCUGAGCUGGCCCGGAUGGGCCCCACAGGGGUUCUGUCGGUGAGACCUGAGUACAGUCAGCGAGAGACACGAGGAGAGCUCAGGGCCACCAGGAUCAAGAACACAGAUCACCGCCUCGUAUUGCAGUAUGUCAGCGCUGAAGACCAAGGAGAGUACAUGUGCAGAGUGUGGCCCCAAAAAAGAGGACCGCGUGACAUAUUUGUGCAAGGCCAAGGCCAAGACUCCAACUCCCUGCCAGUCAGCAUCUCAGCUACAGUCAGUGAAAUGUCGUUGGAAAUGCAAAAUAGCGUGCAUGUCAAUGAAGGCGACAAGCUGACGUUAGCUUGCAAAGCUCGAGGAUUCAAGGGUCAGCUGUUCAUCACUUGGCAGCGCAAAGUAGAGCAGAAGCCCACGUUCAGCAACAUCAUCGGUCUGAGUCAGGAGGGCGUCGUGGAGACGAUGGAGGAUGAUGUUGCCCAUCGAAUCAGGGCUUCUCGGUCAUCGAAGGACACAUUCGUUUUGGAGAUCAAUGAUAUCAUGAUGGCCGAUUCAGGCGUGUAUCAGUGCGAGGUGUCUGAAACGAAUGGUCAUUGGAAGACCAGCAAAUUUGUGAAAACCACAAUGACAGUUGCUCCAAUCGCGUCGCUCGUGGAUGUGAAGCUGAGAAGUCGCAAUACCAUCGUGACUAUAGGAGACAAUGUAGAACUGAUGUGCCAUGUCAAAGGGCCACAUCUUGCCAAGAUGCUGACCUGGAGUCUGCAACGUGGCGCCUCGCCCGUAGACAACAUCCUGACCAUGUACUCCGACGGUGCUAUCAGAUGGUCUGGGGAACAACAGCGCUACCAUCUUCGGGUUGAUAAUGCACAAAAUGAAAGUGUUUACUACCUCUUCAUCCAUGGCGCUAGCCACAGAGAAACGGGGAGCUACCAGUGUCAAGUGUCAGUGUUCCAGAACAACGUUUAUAAACAGCUUCUGCCUUCCAAUCAACUAAUGAUCUUAGUGCAAAACCCAGCAAGUGACCUCAUCCUUACACCUACGCCUGCCUUGACAACAAAUAUCAAUAGUGAUAUCACCAUCCAAUGCUCCGUUGCUUCAUCUCACUCUGGAUCUUCUCGCUUCGCUAUCACAUGGAUUCUUCAGCAAGAGACUCGAAAUGUGACCAUCUUAAAAUGGGAUCGAGACUCCUCAGUAACAGUGGACAACAGCCAGCGGUUCAGCAUGAAGCAGACUAUGGGUCCCAAUUUUGAGUUGACCAUCAGGGAUUCACGAACUUCAGAUGGAGGUUUUUACGUCUGUGAGGUUGUGGAAUGGCUGCAAGACCCACAUGGUGAAUGGUAUCAUCUCCCUGCUGUGGCUAAAAACAUUCAGCUAACGCUCAUUGAGCCUGCACAUGAUCUCCUUUUGGAUGUAAAAGAACAGAUGCUCAUUGCAAAGGAAGGAGACAAAGUGCAACUCAAAUGUGAUCUCAUCUCAGACGUAUCCAGUAACACCUGUUUCUACAAAGUCACGUGGUUCUACGCCAAGCUGGGAUCUUCUGUUGAUACACCCCUAUUGGAGCUCAAUCAUUUUGGUUUACUCAGGUAUUCAGAGCAUAAAGAUCUUCAGGACCUGCAGGAGAGGCUCCGUCUUUCCAGACCCAAUUGGAGUAGCUUCGGCCUUGAAAUUCAGAGAGUCCACCAGGAGGAUAGCGGGAUGUACCGAUGUCGAGUGGAGCAGUACCAACUUGGUAAUGAAGGCAAAAUAGAGCAGUUGGCUUCGGCCGUCGGCAGUUCUAUUGUUCUGUCUGUAAAUUCCACAGGAGAGAGUGAAUCCCGCUCGGGCUGUGCUUCAGGCAUGUGGAUCAGCCUUCUCGUGGCUGUAGCGCUAAUCGCGCUGUUCGAGCUUUGUGCACUAUUUUUUUUAGCGCUGAGGCUCAAGAGGCAUCGAGCCAAGAAGCCCCCAAACAAGCCGGAGCCGUCUUUGUGGACCCAGCGCCUUAUGGUUGACACCAAAUUCACUGAUGACCAAUGAAAAAUAGAACAAGUUACAUCAAAAAUCACAUUUUUGAAGCACCUCUCAUGCAUAAUUAAUGGCACGUUAGCAGUGUUACCACAAAAAAUGUUUGGACUGUCGAUGAAUCACCGAUUAGUUUUGUGUCAAGUUGAAAGCCCUUUUGGAUCCUUUGAUUUAAGGCUAAAUCUGACUUGACAAAAAAAAUCAGGAAACAUUUACUGUUUUUAUCCCUGUUUUUUUAAAAAAUUUCUUUAAUUUGAAUAAUUAAGAACAUUUUAAAAUUGAAGGAGAAUUUUCCUUCAUUCAUUCAACAAUGGUUGCCAGUCAAUCGCAGUAAAAGAAAGAAAAAAUAUAUAUAUAUUUUUUUCCUUUAAAAAAAAAAAAAAAUACGUUCAUUAAAUUAAAAAAAAAAAAGAUACAAAAAAAUCUGUGUACUGAAAUUUUUCUUUCCAAAUAAGAUUGUAAAAAAUAAUCACAAAAAAAAAAAUUAAAUCUAAAAAGUAAAAAAAAAAAAAAUAAUUUACAAUUAACAAUGAAGUGCCUCAAAAAAUCUGAUUCGUACAAUUUUUUGACAGUUUUUCCUUGCCCCCCUUUUUUUAAACUAAUGAAAUAAAUGAGAUACAGUAUUUAGAAAUUUUAAACUAUUUCCAUUUAAUAUUAUAAGGAUAAUUAUAAUAUUAUAAAUAAAAAUGUUACAUGUUAAAAAAACAGUAUACCUUUAUUUUCAAAAUUUUAAAGUAAAAAAUGUAAAAAAAAAAAAAUAAAAAAAAAAUAUCUUAAAAUUAAAUAAUUAAAAAAAUAAAAUAAAAUAAAAAAAACAUUAAGAGACUAAAAAGAGGCUUGUGCCAAGUAGUUAAAUGAUAUGUUCGCUUAUGAGCCGACAGAAGACAGAUGCAUAUUUAUGUGCACAGACCAUAAGCAGACACUUUGUUCAUGCGUCUUCUCUGGUGGAAAAUAUGUGGUUUCAACAAAGUCUUGCAGUGCAGAUAAUGCAGGAAGUGUGUCAAACAUGUGGUGAUGUGCAACUCAUGUUCAGGCAGACGUUGCAUGACCCCAAAAAAAGAGGUUAACCUCACCAGCAGAAGAGCAGAGCCACAGUUUCUUUGCCUUUUAACUCAGAAAAAUAAAGUUUGACUCUGAAACUCUUGCGUGCUCGCAAGUGCGUUUCCAGUUAAAUCUAUUCCCCGCUACGGCUGUCAAAAAUGAAACAAGGAAUGUCAGAUUAAAUGCCAGCCUGAAGGAUUUCCACUUGGGUAAACAAUCUUACCCUACUUUUAUUUCACAUCCUCAAAGUGCAGAAUGACUCAGCAGGUUUAUCUUCUAUCGAAAAUGAUGGAAAAUGAACAGGGAGAAGAAAGUUACUGGACACAGAUUGGUAGCUUGGCAAACUAGCCUCACUUUUGCCAUGUACAAAAUAGUACCGUAAUUUUCGCAUGAUAAGGAGCACCUGACUAUAAGCCGCUACCCACCAAAUUUGACACCAAAACUACAUUUGUUCAUAGAUAAGCCGCACUGCACUAUAAGCCGUGGCUAUCCUUACUGUAUUAUGGGAUAUUUAGACCAAAAGAUAUUAACCGGUAACAAUUUAUUUGACAGCGGCAUCAUACGACAGUCAAAAGACCAAAUGAACCACCAUGAAGCUUUGAACCAAUUGGCUACAAAGCUUCAUUGCUUCAUCACUUCUCCCUUGGGGGAGACAGUCAACCUCUCCUGCCACCUGCCGUCAACACUGUUGUUGUCCAACAUUUCUCAUAGCAUGCUUUGCAAGCGCUACAGAUGUAAAUAACAAUCAAUAUUCAUGUUGUGUGCUAAUUAUUUCUUCAGUUACUGUUCCAGUUGUUUCAUUAAUUGCUAGUUAUGGUAUUUGGUAACACUUUAUUUGACAGUGGCGCAAUAAGACUGUUAUUAGACAAUUAUAAUUAUGACACGACACUGUCAUGAGCAUCAAUGAAUGUUUAUAACAGAUGUCAUUUAGUGUCAUCCAGCAAAUUAUCUCACUUUUGAAUGGAUGUAAAAGAUCUGAGCUGGACGUAAAUGGAGUUAGUAACAUAAUUUGCCGGAUAACACUUAAUGACAUCUGUCAUAAACAUUCAGUAAUGCCCAUGAAAGUGUCAUGUCAUAAUUUUGAUGGUUUUAUGACAGUCUCAUGCCACCACUUUCAAAUAAAGUGUUACCUAUCAACCCAAAUAAAUCAACAAAAAGCCACAUGGGACGGUAAGCCACAGGAUUCAAGUGAGAGAAAAAAGUAGCGGCUUAUAGUGCAAAAAUUAUGGGAAUUAUUUAGUCAUUUACUGUUCCAGUUAUUUCAUUCAUUGAUAGUUAUGGUAUUUGGUAACACUUUAUUUGACAGUGGUGCAAUAAGACUGCUAUUAGACAAUUAUAAUUAUGACAUGACACUGUCAUGAGCAUUAAUGUCAUUUAGUGGUCAUGAUCUCAUUUUUGAAUACAUGUAAAAGAUCCGAGCUGGACGUAAAUGGAAUUAGUGACAUAAUUUGCCGGAUGACACUUAAUGACAUCCUUCAUAAGCAUUCAGUAAUGCCCAUGAUAGUGUCAUGUCAUAAUUAUGACGAUCUUCUGACGCCGCUGUCAAAUAAAGUGUUCGCUGUUAAUUCUAACCCAAAUAAAUGAAUAAAAAGGCCGCACUGGACUAUAAACUGCAGGGUUCAAAAUGAAGGAAAAAAGUAACGGCUUAUAGUCCGAAAAUUACGGUAAGUGGCAAAUCAGCCUGGUCUUCUUUGAUUUGGGCUGGAUUUCCAUAUGGAUGCUAGAGGUUGUUUCAGACUGAAUCUGAAAGACCCAAUCACAGAAGCACGGAUGUGAUGUAACCGUAAUAUGACUCGCUCUGUCGGUUACAUUCAAUGUGUGGUUCAUACAGACAGGUAGUUGUGUUAUAGAACCUUGUAAUAUUUAUUGCACCUGGCCAGCAACAGAUUUAUCCUACACUUGAAGUGCAACAAAAAUAAACAGUAAACAAUAUAAUAAAAUAACAAUCAACAGUAAACAAUAUAAAGUGUGUUUAAUCGAUUAAAUCUAACUCUCACAACCUGAGACAACUGGUCAAGUAGACAUAGCCUACUGUACUUCAAGUAUUUUGACUUGAAAUAGUGUUUAUAUCGCCACCUCGUAAAAGAACGAAUUUUCCUCUGAAUGCUCUGCCAUCAUAUCCCUCUGCAUCUGUUUUGCAUGUGUGUGUUAGCUGCACGCGCUGUUGCGGUUUGUGUGUGAAAACACUGGCUCUGAUUGGCUUAUCAUGACACAUGACUCUAACCCUCAGCCAAUCACAAUCACUUCCAUCGCAUCUAUCCAGGUGGUGCAUUCAGGUAGCCUCGUCCCCCUACUCCUCCCUUCACUCUCAAAGCGUCUGCCGUCCUCAAGAUAGAAGCAGCAUUCUUGCUGGCUGACAGCGGGGGAAGGGAACGAGGCUAGCAGUCAGGUGUAGCAAAAACAGAAACGUUAGCAAGCUUUGGAAAGCACUGUCUAAUUGAAUGAGCAGGGACAAACAGCCUGGAGUCAUAAGAAGUACGUGCUGUAAUAUUCUGAUACAGAAUAAUCUGAGGCACCCUAAUGUGCACAUGGCGUCAAUAUAGUUUUGCUCACAUGAUGCGGGAGUGAGUUAGAGACACGGCCUGCCGAGAACCGUACGUUUGUGGUAAUGUUGAAGUUAUAUGUGCUAUUAAAGAAACAGAGUGCCAGCACGUCCUGUGUGGUAUAUCUUUGCAAAGAAAAAGCACAAAACAAAACACGUGCGCAGGGCCGGCACAGGCCAUUUGGGGGCCCUAAGCAAAAUAAUGCAAAGGGGCCCAUAUUUUCGGCCCACCAUUUUGUCACAGUGUACUGUGAAACCCAUACAUGCAAUCCAACCCAUAUGUCCAUAUUUUGUAUAUUAAACAUAUUUUGUUGCACUGCAUACUUCGAACUUCUCACCCCAAAUGCUUGUCAGUACUUCCAGUAGAUAGCGCCAAACCUUUUUCUAAAAGAGGAAAGAAAGAAGUUAAGGAAGAACAUUUAUUUUUUUAAGCUUGUAAUCAAGUAUCAAAACUCACAAAAGUCAAAUAAAGCACACUGUAGUAAACAAAAUAGAAUAUAAAUUAAACAAUUGCCAGAUUGGGGGCCCCCUAGUGGUCAGGGGCCCUAAUCAGCUGCAUAGUCUGCGUAUAGGCUGGGCCGGCCCUGCACGUGCGCUGUUCUCGAAC